ACAAGUCCUACGCAAACCUGCGACUUGCGACCCUUUGCCUACAACACAACAUUAUCCUUUAUACGUAACCGGUCUGAUCGGCGUUAGCAUCAACCUGCACCCGGAUCACACACACACAUUGGGCUUGUUGGAGACUACUUGGUCGGGCCCGAUCUCAUACCGCAGUCUCUCGUCUCUUUCUCCCGUUUUCUUAAGUAUUUGUCGACUACGGCUCCGUGGUAGUCAUGAGAUGUCCAACCCACUGCCCUAGGCUAACCCUCCCUUGACCAACAUGGCCGAUUCGGAGACGAGUUGCAAGAUAGAGAUGAAUGAUACUGAAGAGCAACUGUGGAUGGCACUGCGAAAGGUGGUCGCUACUAGGUGUCCUGCCGAAGCCUACGAGACCAUCGACGAUGCCCUUCGAACAUGGCUGUAUCUCGCAGCCCGGUAUCGAGACGAGUUUUCCCAGUCCGAAGACGAUGUCGCAAGUUGCUCCCAGGCCCUCCUGGACGGAUUCCUCUUCCAGACCAACCCGGAAUACGUGCGCACUCAAAUUAUCUACAGCCUACUACAGGAAGACGAAACCGGGCCCCUUUAUGCCAUUGCCAGCUUCCUCCUGCUGGACGGUCGCGCAGACGAAACCACCUUCAAACGGAUGAUUGGAAAGGACUGUUUCCACCGCCUCCUCGAUCUGAUCAACGGCCGCAAGGAGGAGGAUCCGGGCCUCCACCGACUACUGCUAGAACUCAUGUAUGAGAUGUCGCGAAUUGAGCAACUCCGCACCGAAGACCUUGUUCACGUCGAUGAUGGCUUCGUGGCCUAUCUAUUUCUGCUGAUUGAGGGCUUGUCCGAUGAUGUGCGCGAUCCUUAUCACUAUCCCGUGAUUCGCGUUCUCCUCGUCCUCAACGAACAGUACAUGGUCGCGUCCACGGCUGCUGUGAAAGAGCCUACCCCACCAGCUGCGCCAUUGACCAACCGAGUUGUCAAGUGCCUCAGUCUGUACGGCGCGCACUAUAGGACCUUUGGUGAGAACAUUAUACUGCUUCUCAACCGCGAAACCGAGACGUCCCUACAGCUUCUCAUCCUAAAAUUACUAUACCUUCUCUUCACGACCAACGCCACGUACGAAUACUUUUACACCAAUGAUUUGCGGGUGCUCCUCGACGUCAUCAUCCGGAACCUUCUCGAUCUGCCCAACGAACUGAUAGCGUUGCGGCACACGUACCUCCGGGUCUUAUAUCCCUUACUUGCACACACGCAACUUAACCAACCGCCCCAUUACAAGAAGGACGAGAUCCGGAGGCUCAUCAAAGCACUGGCUGGGUCAGGGAAUACUCACUUUGCGCCGGUGGACGAGACCACGUUGAGGCUUGUGGACCGCGUAUCCAAGGUGAAAUGGCUUUCGGAAGAGGGCCUAAGCUCGGGAGAUAUCGCACGUAAGCACCUCGGUAUUAGUCUUUCUUCUGCAGAUGCUGCCAGCAGCGUUAGUGUCGUGGACGUGGCGGCAGUCAUGGAAAAGCCAGGCAUCCAGACGCGAAGCCGGCGAAUUGAAGCUAAAGGUGACUUAGACACCGACAAUGGUGUGUCCCGGGCCGAGCCUUGUGACGAAAUACCGGGCGGAACAACAGAGGCACCGAAGCCAGGUAGACCAAAGAAACCGCUUCCCGAAGUACCCAGGCACCGGCACGGAGUACCCUAUAGCGGCACGACACAUGAUAGUGGCGCCAACAGUAUUAAUAAAAGGCUACCCCCGAAAGCGCCGCCACCAAGACGGAGGGGGAGGCUCAAGCAUACAACAACUGCCGAAGCAGCACAGCCUAUAUCCGAGAUAGCCUGAAGAGCCGGUGAUCUAGCUUCGGUAGGCAGGCAACGGGAUGGAGCAUGAAAUUAUCAGUCGCCACGAACGAACUCUCUCUUAGACGAGCUCAAAAAGUAUAAUAGCAUUUGCGAUGUAGGGGACGGCGUACUGGUGGAUUGGUGCGUGGUGAUUAGGAUCCCAGGCUAGCAUUUCCGUGAGCACGGCGUUGGAAGGAAAGAAGAACAGGGUGAUAAGUUUUCGUCGGGCUAUUCAGGCGAGGCAACGAGAGAGCUCAAGCAGUUAUUCGAAUUGUCGGUUUGCCUCUAGAUGGCAGUGAUAAUUCGAGAACGUAUUAUAGUUUUUAAGGCUAUGUAUAUACUGUAAUAAGUAAUGAGAAUUA